GUACGACCACAAACUUUCUCCUCUCUUUCUCUCUCUUACGCAGCAGAGAAGACGAUCGAUCCAACUAGCUAGCAAGAAAGCUCCAUAGAAUAGAAGAGAAGAAGAUCCAGAGGAGGAAGGAAUAUCUGAUCCUGUAGCUAGCUUUAAGUGUGAAUCCGAAGUUAGAGAGAGAAAUGAACAUCGACGGUAGGAGAAUUUCAGGUGGAGGUAUCGUUGCUGCUGCGAAGCCGCCUAUCUCCGAAGAUCAGAAACCUUCAUUUGUGUCUCCGCCGUCACUCAAGAAAGUCAUCAUCAAGAGCGCUGAUAUGAAAGAAGAGGUGCAGAAAGAGGCCAUCGACAUUGCAGUCGCGGCUUUCGAGAAGCACGCUGUCGAGAAGGAUGUCGCCGAGCAAAUUAAGAAGGACUUCGACCGGAGGUAUGGCCCAACUUGGCAUUGUAUCGUCGGCAAAAAUUUCGGUUCUUAUGUGACACACGAGACAAAUCACUUUGUGUACUUCUAUUUGGACUCAAAAGCCAUACUUCUAUUCAAAUCUGGCUGACCGAAUGAGAUUUGAUGACAUUUACAAUCUGGAAUGUGUAUGUAAUAACAAACCUCUUCUUUUGUUUGCUUUUAUGUCAUAAUGGUAGAGUAUUUUGUUUAUUAAUGGUUUGUUUGACCUGUUGCUAGACUUACUUAAGUUUCAAUCUUGCUGCUAAGCUUCUUCCAUUCUUGAUUUCUGAUCAUGUCUAUAUUGGUGUACCUGUUUUCUGGGUCUUUUUUUUAUGUCUGAUGAUGAUAUGCAUAAUGCAUUUGAGCUUC